AACGUGGCGUAAUUAGCUCCACUUACCUUAUGUCGUACUUCCUGCCAAUAUUUCAAUUUUACGAGCUUCACUUGUCGUUGUUAUCAGUCUUAUCACCAUUGACGUUUUAAUAAUUAUCAAGUAUACUGUGUUUUGUGAUUUAUUUUUUUUCUUAUCAUUUUUUAUCUGAAAGCAGCGGAUGACUUGCCGAUCAAGUGCGAUGCUGAUGGAUUAAAUGCGAAUUGUGAGUUGUACGAGACAAAUCUAAUGCGUUCUUUCUUGUAAUAUUUAAUGUUGAAGACGUUAAGUGCCAUAAUGUUGAAGUAUUUCGGUAUUUUGGCGAUUCUCCUCAUCUCUGGGAGCACUAGCUAUGAUCCGAACUGCGGGAAAUGCGGCCUGCCUGUUCUCUCGGACCCUAAAUUUCAAUUCCGUAUAAUCUGCAGCAGUUGCUUGGCUGUUUUUCAUGAUAAAAAGACAAAUUGCUCUAGAGCAGGACUCGAUAAAUGGCAGAAGUACAGUGCCACCAAUAAAGCUGCCUGCAAAUGUGAAAUAUACCGCAAACGCAAAGCGGAAGAUGGUGAAGAUGACGAUGAUGUUACCCAGCAGAGCAAAGCUCCCAAAAUUGAAGAUGACUGGGAAAAACUGUCUUUAAUGUUAGACGAAAAAAUUACCACGGCGCUCAUGGAGAGGGAGAACAGCAGAAUAACAGUCUGGAUCAGAUGUUUAAGAGGUAUUUCGAACCUGUAAACAAACCCUCAGCGAAAUUGUUGCCAAUAUCAAAGAUCACGAAAAGCGAAUCUCAGCAAUUGAAAUCCAAAUAAAAGAUGAUAACCUUGGUGGCUGUGAUUGCUACGAAAAAAGUGAUAACAUUCCACCAAUCAUAUGCAUCUAUAUUUAACCCUUUACGUUGCCAACCUACAUUUUUGAUAAACAAAACUUUCAUUUGCGGGGUUCACGAUAUUUCUGCACACCCAGUACCAUACCUCUUCCUACCUAUACAUACAGUGAAUUUUUUUCAAUUUUCAAAGAAGUGUGAAAUCGAAUAAAUUUAUUCACAAAAAUAGGUUUCAAACAGGAGUACGCGAUGCCGAUAAAAAAAAUAACGGGAUAAGCUGCCGACAGCCACGCGUCUGUCGCAUACUGAUGACAGCCUGUACAUGUUGAUGUUCAUCAUAUGUGGCAUCAUAGGAGCGGUACUCGUUUCGGCAGUCGCACUUUACUGCACCAGAAAACAGUCCAGGUUGAAGGAUAAACUGCAUAAAAUUGGGCCAUCAUUGGACCAAAAAAUUGGCAAAGACUAUCAAGAUCUAUGUCAAACAAAGACAACAAGUAAAUCGUCGCCAGAAAGCAGCUCCAUGACGGCUGGCAGAGCCAGUGCCGUCAGUGGUCAACUCAUCACCAGCUUAUCCCGAGAAUCGGACAACAGUCAGUCCUCCAGAUCCAGUACAUUGUCUUGGAGCGAAGAGCCGAUGACCAACAUGGACAUCACUACUGGCCACAUGGUGCUGGCUUACAUGGAAGAUCAUCUCAACAACAAAGCUAGACUUGAUACAGAAUGGGCCGCGUUAUGCGCUUAUGAUGCUGAUCUGUGUUCUGUGGCAAUUGCGCAACUGAAAGAAAACCUGUGUAAGAACAGAUACAUGACCGCUUUGCCGUAUGAUCACACCAGAGUCAAAUUGAAUGCACUAUCCAACGUUACUGGAUCUGACUACAUAAACGCAUCCACCAUAACUGAUCACGAUCCUCAAAAUGCUGCCUAUAUCACGACACAAGGCCCUCUGGAAAAUACAGUCAAUGAUUUUUGGCAAAUGAUAUGGGAACAAGGAUGUGUAGUAAUUGUGAUGCUGACUCAACUUGUUGAGAAUGAUACAUCCAUGUGUUACCAAUACUGGCCAAUGGACGGAUCACAUUUGUAUGACAUUUACGAAGUGCAUCUAGUCAGUGAACACAUUUGGUGUGAUGAUUUCUUGGUGCGUAGUUUCUAUUUGAAAAAUGUCAAAACCACCGAAACUAGGACAGUGACCCAGUUUCACUUUUUGACAUGGCCUGAAGGUGGUAUCCCAUUGGCUAUGAAACCAUUGCUCGAAUUCCGCAGAAAAGUCAAUAAAUCAUUCAGGAGACGUUCUUGCCCAAUUGUUGUGCAUUGCAGCGAUGGCGUAGGUCGUACUGGUUCCUAUCUGCUGCUCGACAUGGUGAUGAAUCGUAUAUUGAAAGGAGCCAAAGAAAUUGACAUUGCGGCCACGCUGGAGCAUUUACGAGAUCAAUGUGCCGGAGCAGUGUGCACCAAGCAGCAAUUCCAAUUUGUACUUUCGGCAGUCGCUGAAGAAGUUCAGGCCGCAUUGCGAGCAUUGCCUCAACAACAGUCCUCACAGCAAGAUCAGCCAAGUGCAGUUGAUAACGCCAUGUAAGGCAUCAAGCAUCCAGCAUGGACCCACCUGUCAAGUCUAUUGUUACCCCAUACCCUAUCUAUACCUUAUGCCUAUUUACAAUAGGUACCUACCUACCUACCUACCUACCUACAGGAUUACACACAAUCUGAAUUUGAAAAAUGUUGAUUUAAAAAUUGAGUUUUAAGUUACCUUCCUAAUUCCCAUAUGUAUUUACUCAUACCUACCACUACCAAUCAACCACUAUCCGUUACCUACAUAUUAUAAGUACCUAUUACUCCAAUUACCUACAUCCUACAUGUACCCAAUAUACGUACCUACUAGUAAUUUUUAAGUACCUAAAGUGAAGUUGAACCUGAAACCAGAACUUGAAAAACCAAAGCUACCUACAUACUUAUGUACCUAUACAUAAAACACCUUUGUAGGCAUAUGGUUGAAAUUUUCAUCGGCAUUGACAUACAUCUAUUUUGUAGUACUCAUAAAGAGUGAAAUUUACGUAGCAUCACCUCGCAUCCCUGUCGCGUGUCGCUCUUCUACACACCUACCUACCUCAAUUGUGCACAUAAAGCGGUGUGGCGUGGCAUAUUUUUCUACCUAGGUAUCCAAUCCUGUAUUAUAACACAAAUGUUCAUAUUUGCGCGUGUAUUUGUUGCAUUGUUUCAGUGUGCAUGUGUGUGUUUUUACUUGUUUAUUUGUUUACUUGCUUGCCUGUCAAUCCGUGUGCAAUUUACGUAGGUACUUACUCGUAUACUAUGUUACAUAUACCUACCAGCAUAAUUUACAUUACUAUUACGUAAGGUAUAUUUUGGUAUACAUAUAGAUUAUAGGUACUCGUAAAUUCCUUUAUUCUAGUCACUAACUCUGUUAGACACCUGUUAAAAUAAGAUAUCUAUUACAAUAUACUUUUAACUCUUUCAA